AUGACAUUAAAGUUCGAAACGGUUAUCUUUAUCGUUGCUCAUGUCCUGACUCCUCCAAAACGUUCAAGGCCGAAUGUAACUCCUGUUAACGAUGAAAAUGCCACCUUGUCUAAUACAAUUGAAGACAUGCCAGACGCUGCCUUUGAUAAUAUUCAAAGCACUAGUGACAUGGACGAGCAAAACUUGCGCUUUAGUGAAUUCAUUAACGAAGGAGAAGAGUAUUGUUAG